CGGUUGUCCAACCCUCCCCCUUACUCUGUUACGGCGCUGACGUAACUCGAUUGUACACGUGCUUAUCUGCACCAAGAGUUUAUGCCUUACGACCUAUGUAACGACGCUGUGGAGAGAUUAAAGGUUUAUUGCAGGCCUUCAGUUGGCGGCCGCUGCUGCUUCAGACUGCAGCCUAAUCUGUCCACCCUUCUUAGGUAUCUGCGGUGUUUACAAGGAUGCUGAAACGGCACGGCCAUCUUAACCGGUGUGGUUAUCGGGGUUGUAGACUUGUUGACAUCGUAGAUAAGGCUUUUGAGUAGCCUGAAACGGGUGGCCGAGAGGUGGAGUGGCGCUUUCUCAUCAUCUCAGCCACAUAAAAGCAUGCCUUGUGUGUGUGCUAGCGAUGGCUCUGUGACCUUUUUCUUCUGCGUCGGUCGUCGACAUAGUUUGUGCUUCGUCAACUUCAAGUGUCAGUUGAAUGUUAGCGGCGUUUGGCAUGCACCGCUCACAUAAGUAACAAACCUGAUCUCGGCAGAUCAUUCUAAUGAAAUUAUCCCAGCACGUGAGCCGGAGGUCAGCUUAGUCCUUGCUUGGUGUCGACAGCUGCCAGAGCAGAGUGGGAUCCUCUUUCACAUGCUCAUCCUCGAAACUCCCAGGUGUCGCUACGGAAGUCAUUGCGAUCCUUUUACAGCUUGUGUUCGAGACUAGUAAUACACAUGACACAUACCUUAACUGCGAAGCCAGUGCUUGCGUGUUUUGCGUACAGUCUUUCUAUUCCUGUAGAUGUGCAGCGCUAUGACUGUUUUCAUGUUGUUGCUGCUCGCAUUUGUCCAGGGUGAUAUCGUCCGACAGGUUACAAUGAGCCUCUUCCUUCCGGCAUAGUAUAGUGGGCGGGGAGGGGGCAUAGAGUACAGAGAACAAUGACGAUGUUAGCAACACACAUGUCAGGAAAAGUAACAUUUGUGAUGUAACAGAACUAGAGGCACGAUCCCCGCUUUUGCCAGUAUCGCAAAUGGAAAAUGUGGAACGAAAGCCUUUAUUUAUUGAAACGGCACCAUAGCACCCCAGGCUAUCUCCUGAGCCCAUCACCUGACAUCGCUAGUGGGGAGAACGUCUGCAUCCCAAGAGGAGCCUCAUGCAGGUGCUAUCUGUGGACUGCGGGUACCUUGGCCUGUGUCGGGGUUUCCAUUUUCAUACACCCUUCCUGGCAUCUAACCAUGUGUUCGGCGUGUGCCAUAGAUGUAAAUCUGUGGCGUGCAAGGAGAGCUCAGAGAGUUUUCUUGUGACUUUCUGCUGUCGGGGAGACUGAAGAAGUAGGUGCCUACGUAGAAUGUGACUGGACCCUGCAGUAUUUUUUUUUUUUAUGCGACCGACUUAACUGCUGCAGACUUCUUGUACAGUGCUCAAAACCAUAGAGGCAAAACCCAGGGAUUGGCCUCUAUGAGUGUGCCCUGUAUCUGUGCUUUUCCUGCCUGCCCCUUCUGCCGUUCCUUCCAGCACCUUCAGCACCCUAAAGACUCCCUCAGCAGCCCUCUUCUCCCCUUCCUCCCCUUCCUCCCCUCUACUCCCUUCCUCUCAUCCAAGCGUUUGCAGGAGCGCUAGAGCACCAUUUGGGCUGUGCAGCCCCUGCUCGGGCCCCCCUCCCCCCUUACUGCAUGCCGCAGUGCCUUAUGGUUUGGAGGAGUAAGGCAGUACUGUUGCUGCCGCUGCUUUUGCUGUCGCCGUUCAAAGGGCCUGAGGUUGUCUGCGGCCCUUGCUAGGCCUCUGGUGCUAAAUGGUAGCGCUACACUGAGCCCUAAACAAGACUUGGUAGGGGCAAAGCCAGCAUGAGAGUGGAUGCUGGAGGUGGUGUCAGAGAAUGGAGGAAUAUGCCGACCAAUGGCGGUAAUAAGUAUGGUUUGAACCGGAGUCGUGCUGCGGAUCGGCAGGAGGGAGAUGAGAGAGCACCCAGUGUGGAAGAUGAUGCAGACGGACACCUGAUCUAUCGCCAAGGCGACCUGCUGCACGCUCGAUAUGAAGUGGUGUCCACUCUUGGAGAGGGGACCUUUGGGAAGGUAGCAGAAUGCAAAGAUCUUCGAAGGAAUGGAGAAACAAUUGCUCUCAAAGUCAUCAAGAAUGUGGAAAAGUAUCGGGAGGCUGCUAAACUUGAGAUUAAUGUGCUUGAGAAAUUGAAGGAGAAAGAUCCAGCAGGAAAAUACAUGUGUGUUCAGAUGCUUGAUUGGUUUGACUUCCAUGGCCAUGUCUGCAUCUCUUUUGAUAUGCUGGGCCUCAGUGUUUUUGACUUUUUGAAAGAAAACAACUACAUUGCAUAUCCCAUCGAGCAAGUUCGACACAUAUCAUACCAGCUUUGCUAUGCAGUAAACUUCCUCCAUGAAAACCAGCUGACUCAUACAGACCUGAAACCAGAGAACAUCUUAUUUGUUGAUUCAAAUUUUGAGGUUGUCUACAAUUCAAAAAGAAGACGAGAUGAACGGCGAAUCAAAAGAACAGACAUUCGAUUGAUAGACUUUGGUUCUGCAACUUUUGACCAUGAACACCAUAGCACCAUUGUCAGCACAAGGCACUACAGGGCACCAGAAGUCAUCUUGGAAUUAGGGUGGGCACAGCCAUGCGAUGUGUGGAGUGUAGGCUGCAUUAUGUUUGAACUCUACACUGGUUACACACUCUUUCAGACACAUGACAACAAAGAGCAUCUAGCAAUGAUGGAACGAAUUUUGGGUUCCUUGCCGUACCGCAUGGCCAAGAAAACCAAAAAGCAAAAGUAUUUCUACCAUGGUCGCUUAGACUGGGAUGAGAAGAGCUCAGCUGGACGAUACGUCCGAGAAAACUGUAAACCUUUGCUGCACUAUUUGGUGGACAAAGAAGCCGCCCACGUGGAUUUGCUAGAUCUUGUAGAGAAAAUGUUGGAAUAUGUGCCUGAGCAGCGCAUUACCCUGAGGGAGGCCCUACGCCACCCAUUUUUCACUCCUGUCAAACGCGAAAUGCGUGCCCAGCAGCUCAUGAGCUCAUUUGAUGAACCUGAAACCACAACCACUAACCAUAACUUUCCUGAAUCUGCUUCCUCCUUACUAGUGGCUGAAGUGCCUGCUGUGACUAACAGUGACAUGUUGCCCCCUUCUCUACCCUCUUCUACCUCCCCUUCUUCUCUUUUGUCAGGUGAGCAAGAAAUGGGAAUCACUGAAGAUUUGGAGGGUGCAGCUGCUAAUGUGGAAGCACCCUCCAAACCCUCUAAAGAAGGGGCCAUGGGUUUGAAGCUGGCUGACAAAUUGCCUGUUAACCCUAAGCUGGAGAACAUUGUAAGGGAAAAAGGUACAUGGGAGGGUUUGCCUCCAAGCAGUUGUGUUUUGGAAAAUCUUGAUGUCACAGCCCCACCAACAGCUUUGAAGAGAGCACGAGGUACCAAGCUAGAAGAAACAGCCAUAGUUAGGCGACUGGAGAGAGAAGCUGCUGUGGAAAGGACCCUGGAAGGGCAUGUGCAGGAAGAUUUGCAAGAACCAGCUCCAGCAUCACCAACUGAAAAGGCAAAAAUGCUAAAACAGCGUACAGGCGAGGCACCAGUGAAGGCCAGGCGCCGUCGACGAGAAAGCAAGCAACUGCGAGAAAAGACACCUCCGCUUAUCACUUUGGCUUCAGACCAGGCUCGUCCAGUUGACAGUGUUAUGAGUGGGGACGAGGGGGUUGAGUCCCAAAACCUCCAAGUGCCGCAUCUGAAGAAGCCUGUUGUAGUUGUACAAGAGCCUGAACCUGUUCCAAGAGUAAUAGCUUUGAAACAGCCAUGGUCAUUUGCAGUCAAACCACCUAGUUUUGUAAGAACAAUCAUAGAACAGGCUCCAGAAUCUCCACAGUACUUAGACCCUCCUGAGAUCAUGGAAGCAUUAGGAAUGGGCCAUUUUUACAAUCAGAGCACUCAGACACCAGAAAGGUUCUAUCGUGAGAUGUGCCCCAGCCCACAUGAGUUCUCUGAUGCUCCCUUUAGAAUGCAGGAUAAAGGAACACAGACUCCUGCACAGUUCUACCCACCCAUCCCUACUCAUGAUGUUGCCAUUGAUGCUGGGCAAUUCCCAGAGGCCUCUGCUGGCAGCAGCCUUCGGUCUUUUGAUUCUAGUGUUACGGAGACAGAUGAGCAGCCAGAGGAAAAGCUUGACAACGUGUUUGAGGAAGAGCCAUUGGAGAUAGCUGUAACUCCCACACUACCAAACUUUCAUUUAAGUGAAGGGCCAGGAAUAUUUUUAACCCAAGCUCCAGAAGAAAAUGUUGCAGCAGCACCCAUCCUAGUACAGGUAGGGAGCAUGCAGCAAACAAAGUGCAUAUCUAAUCCACCUGACCCAGUGUGCGUGUGUUCAUCUCCUCCCAAGCCGUCUCUGCAACCCUUCACCAAGCCAUCUGUCCCAUCCAAAGAUGUUUCUGCCUCUACAUCUGUAGUCACUCAACCUGUGCAUCCACCUUCCACAGCUGCCAAGCCUCCAAAACCAGCAGCGCCAAUACAGCAGAAACAACAGGAACCUGCCCUUGUUGCUGAAUCGGUUAAUGCAUUUGAAGCCUGGAUUGAGAAGCAAAGUCCCUAUGAAGAGAGUACAGGUGUGUCCAUUAUAGGUUCAUCACAGUCAUGUGCUGCACCAUCAGUAGCUGCUGUCCCAGAUGCUGCAAAUCAAGGUAACAGUCCUUCACCAGCUAUGUUACCAUCAUCAGCACCAGUACCAGCAGUCUCAUCCAACAAUCAGCCUAGCCAAGAGCACAAGCCUUUCGGUGUUCCUGCACCAGCAGCAGAGGCAUCAGUAGUAGCGCCAACAUCUCUGCAAGGAAAUGAAACAACUCAGGAGCAAAAGCCUGCUACUGAGACUGCACCGGCUGUAGUAAUGCCUUCUGUAGCACCAGCAACCACACAAGGUCAAGUUGGACAGGACCAAAAGGCACGCGUCCGACGUCGUCGAGAGAGAAGACGCAGGCCAGCAGCACCUGGUGAGCGCAGUUCUGUGGAGGGCACACCUUUGUCAUCCCCACCUGCACAUAGCACUACUGCCCCAGUUCUUCCUGAUGAUAAAGCUUAUGGUGGAGACCAGGGUAAAAAAAAAGUCCCAGUAGACAGUGCGAGUGCAUGUGAGGCUCAAGCACAGACCAAGGGGAGCAACUUACUAACUGGGGAGAAAAAGUCAGAGGAGGGUUUGGCCAUGGGGAGCAACACUGAGAGAGUGAAUGGUGUGCAUGGUGGGAGAAGCGCCAGUGGAGAAAAGAAACAGCAAGAGUUUAGUAAGUUAGAUGCAGGAGAUUCACUUGUGUCGGACACAGAUGAGUUUGUGCUAGCAGAGGAAACAUUAGACAGCAAAAGUUAAUGGCUGGCUUUCAACAUAGUUAAGCAUUCUGAAAAUGACACUGGAUGUUAAGCGGUUUCAGAAGGACUUGUACAGUUUUAAAAGAUAUUUUUAAGUUUUAUGCCUCUACCUGUGAAUGUUACUUGCAUUAGAAAUAAUACAAAAAGUAUCUUUAAGAAUUUGAGGAAUACACAAUCAGCCCAUAGUGUGGUUUUGGCUUAUUGUUGUCAUUGUCAUCUGAAGUUGCUGCAAGUAAAGUUCCUACUCAGUAAAUCAUCGUAGAAAUGCAAAUUAUAAACAGCCGAGGGAAAAUUUCUACCCCAGUAUUAUAGAAAUCCGUUUUACUUAAGUGGUUGCAUCGUGCACACACACAUUGACAUUUUAUAAGAUUUUUCUCUGACUUACCCCAUCAUUCCAUUCUCUAACGCUGAUAUCAGCUUCAAGAUCAAAGCCUUUAUUAUAGAUUUUUGCAUAUGCAUUGACAGUGAUCCAGUGUGUGACAUCUGCUCAUGUCCAUAAUGCUUGAAAGUUUGUUGAUGCUUUCACCCUGCACAAUGUGGCUGUGCCAUGCUUCAUUAUUUUUUUUUUUAAAGGGUGGGAGGAGUCUAAAUGAUGCAUGAUGAUCAUUUAGAAAGGGUUCUCCAGUUCUUCUGUCAUCAAAAAUCUGAAAAAUAUAUUCUUCUUUCUACCUGCCAUGCAGCCAAAUUAGACUGGCAUGGAAUUGUUUUCAUAAUCUGGGUGAGGUGUAUGCAGAGUAUAGCACAAAGUGUGCAACACAUUUGUCCUGUCAUAAUUUUUGUUGUCUCACUAUGUCCUCUCACCUAUAACACCAGGAUGUGCAUACUGAAUUUCUCCUUCUCUUUCAAUCUGCUUCAUGCGCGCAUUUUUUCUGCAUCGUUGUUGAAUUUCCUUUUGGUGUCUUCCUAUGCAUGACGAUAAUAUUGAUGUUCAUUGUGUCUAGAGACUCACAGGUCAGAGGCAGUGGGCUUUUUAUAAUUAGACUGUACAUUGCAAGAUACUUGGUGAGUUUUAUAGUUUAGUGAAACACCCAGUGAUAGUGCCAAAAUCCUGCUUCACCAUUUUUAGUCUACCAAUAGACUAAAAGUGAGCAAUUACUCCUAAAGAAAUUCUCAGAUAUUUACACAAUGGAAGGUGAAUUGCCUGUCCUGAGAAGUCUAGGGUUCCCAAGAGAGAAAAAAGGUUUCUAGGAUUUUACAUUGACAUUAAUACCAUGCAAAGUGGUCAUGUUACUUAAAUGUGGUUGGAUAUUCAAAAGUGUAUACUAUCAAAGCUGCAUUGCACCUCAAAAAUCCAAAGACUGGCAUUGUAAAGUAAAAAAGCAGUUUAAACAAAAAUACUUACAAAGUCUGUUAGAAUGAGGGGAUUAAGUCAUGAAAAAAAUUAUUGGGUGUGCCAUUGACCUUAAUAGCUAUGUGUGGCUUCAGCACUAAGUGCAUUUGCCAGUGACGCAUGUAUUAUUAGUGGUGGUGGUUGUGGUGCAAUCUGAUUCAAGUUUAUAUCGGUUUACAUCAGGAGGGUUUUAUGAGCAUAUAGGGUAUGCGCUGCUGAUGGAGCCAGCUUUCGAGUGCGCUAUAUGAAGGAGCCAGACAAUGAAGAUCAUCGGCAGCUCUUUGACCUGAUUGAGAAGAUGCUAGCAUAUGAACCAAGUUCACGCUACAAUUUGAGACAGGCCAUGCGACAUCCUUUCUUCCGAAAGUUUUUCGAA